CACGAGUUGAAGCGGAUUUCUGUCACUGCAGAAACGCUGGCUUUGUCGGAAAAGAAUUCUACAGCAGCCGGAGCAGCGGACGCGGGCAGACAGAAGAGUGCGGACCUGAGCGAAGCGAAAAACUAUGCGACGCCUACAACCGGCCCCAGGACGCGAGAAAGAAACGAAGGCGACGUACUCGGUAUUUUGCAAGUUGAGAUCACUGACCUCGCCGCCGAAGUGUCGCGCGCCUUCACGAGGGGCAAAAACUACAUCUCCACCUACGAACUCCUUGGUGCAAAUACAUUGCGACUGCUGAGCCGCAAAUCUGGAUCCGUUCGUUCGCCCACAGAAGUCGAGCGGUGUUUUACUUUUCCAAACAACGAAACCGGGAGUCGGCUGAAAGAAAGCUUCACGCAGCAGCAAAAGCUCGCAUUGUUUUGGAAGCUUGAGCGAUCGAGUUCAGCGCCUCACACUGUUGCAGAUCUUGCAGCUGCAGUGCGUGAGGUGGCUGACAAACGCGGGGUACGGUUGGUGCACAAAGGAUGCAAGGUGCUGAAUGUUUUCGUUGCGCUUGGCCGAAUCGCGGUGGACGACCUGAAGGUGCGCGAUGACGGUGCCAGUUGUGGUUCGUGCAAAACACCAGGGCACAUGACCUCGGAUUCCAUCCACCACCCACAGUACCGCGGUGAGGUGAACGUGCAUUGGGACAAGUACAAAAUCGGCAGCUACAUGGAUACUUCCACAAUAUUGGCGGCCGAUCGGCUUCCACCAGCGGCGCAGGUGAUGUUUGGUGUUAGCGGAUCGAAUGCAGCCGAGCAGGAAAAGCAACGCGCGCAGCUAAAUGGCUUCAGUUCGGUGGCGCGAUGGCGCGAGUUUCAGGAAAAUGUGC